GGAACUUUCAAGUCUGUGGGGUCCACGGAUUUGGUUCCUUAAAGUUCGUGGGACCCACAGAUUUGUUUCCCCUAAAUGCAUGAAGCAAACGAUGGAUUUUGGACAAAGUCCAUGAUGGAUCCAAAACCCUCACCAAAUCCAUCAAGCAAACAAGCCCUCAAGGGUUGUCUCUCUAAGAAGUCAAAGUUUGAAGACCUCGCCAAUGUCACCCUAGGCGAGGAGUGCUCAUCCUUCAUCCUCAAUAGGUUGCCCAAGAAGCAAUCCGAUCCAGGUAGUUUCACUACACCUUUUUGCAUCGGUUCUCAUCACAUAGGAAAUUCCUUGGAGAACUUAGGGGCGAGCAUAAAUGUGAUGUCAUAUAAGCUUUUUAAGAAGCUAGGCAUAGAUGAACUAAAGGCUACUAGGCUUAGUGUCACAUUGGUCGAUCGCUCUGUCAUUAGUCCUAGCGGCAUAGUGGAGGACGUGCUAGUACGAGUGCGGAAAUUCUGUUAUCUGACGGAUUUUGUGAUCCUGGAUAUAAAUGAGGAUUCUAAGAUGCCACUCAUACUAGGACGCCCUUUCCUAGCCAAAACCAAGGCAUUAAUUGAUGUAAAUGAGGGAACUUUGAUCUUGAAGGAUGGUGAGGAGAGAAUUACGCUUGGAAUUGAUCAUAAGCCUACGAGUGAGGAAGUGAAGGAAGUUGAACCAGGUGAUAUGAAUGCAAGUGGAGGGAAGCCUUGCAAGGCAAACCCCACUAUUAAUGUUGGUUCUUGAGAUGAUGUGAAGCAGGAAACCAAGGAGGGAAUCUCGCCCAAAAAAGGAAGGAAGAUAACUCGCAAGGAAAGGAUAAGUCGUGCUAAGGCCCAGUGUCACAUCCCGAUCUCUCAAAACACUUAAAUAACAGUUUUGCUCCGGAGAAUAUUUAAAUUUUUGAAAGAAAGAAACAAUAAUGUGCUCGAAAUACCAAUACUGAAAAUACACCUUAUAAUUUAAAAGCAAAGCCCUAACAUUUGGGCAAACCUCAAUCCAUAAAGUCUUAUCCUUUCAAAUCUCCAGUCAUUACUCAUAAUCAUAAAGCAAAUAACUAAAGAUUACAAAUGCUGCUUACUCCGAUCCGUGGUCAGACAUCUUCAGAAGUGCUCACGUGGUCCUCCUCGGGUAGUCUGCUCUCUCACUGGAUGCUCCUCGAUUGAAUGCUCCCUAUCUCCUCCUCUACGACCUGGUGAGUGGGUUGGGGUCAGUCUACGCCAUUACUUAAACUUGAAGCACUUACGGGUAUUCCCUUAAGUGUUCACCUCAAAAACCCGUGGAAGUUAUUUAUACUUCCAUCCUUUAAACUAUAACCCUUAAAAACGUGGCAGUUGUUGUUACUCGCCACCCUAAAAAAUCUUAAACCUUUGACCGACACUGGGAUCCCCUCACUAACUAGUCCAACCGCCCAACUCAUACAUAUGAGGGUCAACAUAGGCCUUUCCUUAAACAUUUUUAUGGGAUUAACAGAUUCAACCCCAUAAACCUUAAGAGUAUAUCAUACUCUUCCUUUAAACUUCAUGUGAUGUCUAAGUGAUUCAUCCACAUGUUCUUUAAGAGCAAACUUGCUCUUCCUUUAAACUUUCACUGGGGCGGGGGACUGGCGUUAGUGAACUACCUUUAAAUCUUUUCACCUAAUUUAAUUAGGAGUGAAAUACCUCAUAACAUUGAUCUUUUGAGAUCAAGCAACCUUCAUUAAGUAAACAUAAAUAUAAAAGCUUCAAGUAAAUAAUUGAAAGCUCAAAUAAUCAUCUCAGAUAAUAUCAUAAACAGAACAUGCUUUAUCAAUCACGAAAUAAAUCAAUCACUGGCACACAAUUCACGUAAACACACAUACUUUAAAAACUCAUAAAGCAAUUACUUGAAAACACGUAAGGCGUAGAAUUUACCCCCUUAGACCACUCACCUCUCAAAUGACGAUCAUUACUUCCCUUGAUGUGAGAUCCUUAAUCCGAUCGCUUCAUUAAUCCUAUCAACCAAAAUUAUCUUCCCUUAGUCGGUAAUCCUCAAGUUUAGUCCCUUUACGUAUUGGGAAAAUUUCCCUCCUUUUUACUGAGUCCCAAAAUCCUUAAAAAAAUGGCCCUAACCUCUUUUCAAUCAACUCCUCAAAACUAGAAAUUUCAACCAUUUAAUCAAGACUUAAAUCAUUU